UCCCCACUUCCUCUUUGGGCUUUGCUUGUAUUUUACAUUUUAUUUUCUGUCUCUUCCGUCCUCAGCGUAGAGCUCAGUCUGGCUCAGUCUCCAAUAUCGUUGAAUGUGGGUUGGUCAGUUCGAAAUCUGAUUAAAAGUGUUGUUUUCCAUUGUAUCUUUUUAUGUUUUGGUUAAAUAUCAAACGUCCAAGAUCUGUACAUUUCAGUGAUAUUUAAAUUAUUGCUUAGAGGUUAAAUUGUUUCAUAAAAGCAAAUUUAUUAGCUGUACUAUUUAUUAUUUAAAUGUCGGUACUUGUAACCUAACGCUCUUGUAAAUAAUUCAAGUUCUUACUUCUUAAUGUUUUUAUGGUUAUCGGUGAAUUACCAGUGACUCGCGCCAUGCAAAUUUUGCCCAUUAAAUUUUGAAGAUCAGUCACUGAGUCCGUUGUGGAUUAUUAAAGUGAUCUUAAAAUGGAGUCAUUAAAGAAAAAAGGAAAGCCCCCAAACCCAAGGGCCAAAGCUAAUAUAUUCUCAGCAUUAACCUUUGCAUGGACAUUACCCAUUUUUUGGGGUGGCCUUAAAAAAGAAAUGGAGGAACGAGACUUGUAUGAGCCAUUGGAAGAGCAUGCAUCAAGUCCACUGGGUGACAAGUUUGCUCGGUUAUGGGAGGAGGAGGUAGCGAGAGCCGGAGCCAAGCGCACGCCCAGUCUGCUUAGAGUCAUAUUAAAAGCAUACGCAGCAAGAUGUAUGCUUUAUGGAUUCGUUCUAUUGUUUAUGGAAUGUGGAAUACGGAUACAACAGCCGCGUAUGUUGGGCUCUUUCGUGGCCUACUUCGGUCAGAUCGAGCGCCGACUCAUGCGCAGGCGAGUCAUGAUUCUGCGCGACCAAACGCACAUGGCUCGACAACGAUUUGACAACGGAACUGAUAAGAAGAUAGCUCAGCCAGUGUUUUUGGGCAAGCUGAUAGAUUUCUACGGCCGAGAACAAGCAGCGAUAAAGCCAGUGGAAGCAUACUUAUACGCUGGGGCAGUCAUACUGUGCUCGGCUCUCAACGUCUUCGUAGUGCAUCCAUACAUGAUGGCCAUAUUGCAUAUGGGUAUGAAAUUCAGGGUCGCUUGCUGUUCCCUCAUAUAUAGAAAGUCCUUAAGGCUAUCCAAAACAGCGUUAGGGGAGACGACGGUCGGUCAAGUGGUGAAUUUGCUGUCGAACGAUGUGAACAGAUUCGAUGUGGCUAUCAUAUUCCUACAUUACCUGUGGAUUGGGCCCCUCGCCACCGUUAUCAUCGCGUACUUCAUGUGGCUCGAGAUAAGCUGGGCGGCUGUCGUCGGUGUUGGAUUUAUGCUCGCCUUCAUACCUUUACAAGCGUACUUUGGCAAACGGACAUCUGAGUUGCGUUUGAAAACAGCUUUACGUACGGACGAACGUGUCCGUCUUAUGAACGAGAUACUGUCUGGUAUACAAGUUAUCAAGAUGUACACGUGGGAAAAGCCUUUCGCAGACCUAGUCGCUAAGGCUAGAAAACAGGAAAUCAAACAGAUUCGAGCGACAUCGUACAUCCGAGGUGUGCUCACCUCAUUUAUAAUGUUCAUGACGCGGAUCUGUCUGUUCAUCUCCAUACUGGCGUACGUCCUCGGACAGAACAAUAUUAUCACAGCGAAGCAAGUGUUUGUGGUCACCAGCUUCUAUAAUAUUCUACGGCAAACUAUGACCGUGUUCUUCCCACAGGGUAUUGCUCAAGUAGCUGAAGCUACGAUAUCAAUAAAACGGCUACAAAACUUUAUGCUAUACGAGGACACGAGCAAGCCAGUGCCCGGCCUCUCCGAGAUACAGACCGCCACCAAGAAGAAGGGCAAGGAAGAGAAAGAAGUAAGAGAGUCUGUCGCCUCAACCAAAGAUGAACCUCUAGUCAUUGAAGAGAAGGUCCAACCUGAAAAAUUGGAGACAGAGCCUGAGAAGAAGAGGGACGAAGCCAGGGGUAAUGGUAAUGCGACUCUGGCACCGUUAGAAUCAGGUGAGGAAGAUGACGAGGAGUUGGCGAUGCGCGUGGAGGAGGACGCGCGCGGCGUGCGGCUGAAGCACGCCACCGCUAAGUGGAUCGCCUCGCACGCAGAGAACACACUCACGGACAUGUCGCUCACUAUAAAGCCCGGCAAGCUGAUAGCAGUGAUAGGGCCGGUGGGCGCGGGCAAGUCGUCGCUGCUGCACGUGCUGCUGCGCGAGCUGCCGCUGCUGUCGGGCGAGCUGCACGUCGGCGGCACCGUCUCCUACGCCAGCCAGGAGCCGUGGCUCUUUGCUGGCAGCGUACGUCAGAACAUCCUGUUCGGGCAGGCGAUGGACCGGCCGCGCUACAACGCCGUGGUGCGGCGCUGCGCGCUCGACAGGGACUUCACGCUCUUCCCGCAGGGCGACAAGACCGUCGUGGGCGAGAGGGGCGUCAGUCUCAGCGGGGGUGAGUUUUCAACAUUAUUUUGUAAGAACAAAAUAUAUGUUCCUAAUAAGUCUUCUAGAAAGACGAAAUUCCCGGGGCGAACCUGCGUCGUCGGCUACCUGCGCAACACCACGCGCGUCCUCGUCACGCACCAGCUGCAGUUCCUGCGCGACGUCGACCAGAUAAUAAUAUUGAAGAACGGGUCGAUAGCGGCGGCGGGCGAGUUCGAGACCUCCAACGCCGACCUCGAGGACUCGCUGCUGCAGGGCAGCUUCCGGAAACGACAAAUGAGUAUACAUUCCGUGAGCUCGGUGGACAACGUGAGCGCGGCGGGCAUGCCGGAGGGCGCGGGCGGCGGGCGCGAGGCGGCGGAGGCGCGCUCCGCGGGCGCGGUGGCGGGCGCGGUGUACGCCGCCUACCUGCGCGCCGCCGGACACCCGCUGCUGGUGGCGCUCACGCUGGCCGUCACCGCGCUCGCGCAGCUGCUCGGCUCCGGCUCCGACUGGUGGACUAGCUACUGGGUGACUCUAGAGGAGGGUCUGCCGCCGGCGCUGCUGAACACGCUGUCGGAGAACGCGACCGGCCCCACGCUGCAGCUCAUCGACAACGAGACCAGCCCUCUGGUGGACAACGCACAGUUCCCCAACUCCAUACUUGAUAGAUACGAUUGCAUCUACAUAUAUUCCGCGAUGGUAUUGUCUCUGGUGGGCAUGUCGCUGCUGCGGUCGUUCAUGUUCUUCUGGAUGGCGAUGAGUGCGUCGACGCGGCUGCACAACAACAUGUUCGCGGCCAUCACGCGCGCGCCCAUGCGCUUCUUCCACACCAACCCCUCCGGCCGCGUGCUCAACCGCUUCUCCAAGGACAUGGGCGCGGUGGACGAGGUGCUGCCCUCCGCGCUGCUAGAUGUACUACAGAUCGGUCUGUCGCUGAUCGGUAUCGUGGUUGUGGUGGCGACGGUGAACUGGUGGCUGCUGGUGCCGACGCUGGCCAUCGGCGUCAUCUUCUACGGGCUGCGCAUCGUGUACCUCUCCUCCUCGCGCAGCAUCAAGCGCCUCGAGGGUGUGACUCGCAGCCCCGUAUUCUCUCACCUGAAUGCAUCGUUACAAGGCAUUACUACGAUACGAGCGUUCGGUGCUCAGGAGGCACUCAUUCGGGAGUUCGACAACCAUCAGGACUUGCACAGCUCGGCUUGGUACUUGUUCAUAGCGAGCUCGCGAGCGUUCGGCUUCUGGCUGGACCUGGUGUGUGUCGUCUACAUCGCGAUAGUUACCCUCAGCUUCCUUGUGUUUGAUCAACUUUUCAGGACGGACACGCUGAUCCAGACGACGAUCCGCAACAAGUUCGCGGAGUGCACCGUGCUCACCAUCGCGCACAGGCUGCACACCGUCAUGGACUCUGAUAAGGUGCUGGUGAUGGACGCGGGCCAGCUGGUGGAGUUCGACCACCCGCACCUCCUGCUGCAGCGCAGCGAGGGCGUGCUGCGCUCCAUGGUGGACCAGACCGGCCGCGCCAUGGCAGACACGCUGGCGCGCGUCGCGCAACAGGCAUACGAGAGCAAAUACCCAGCGCAGUCGGGGACAGCUGUUGAAUAGAUGUACAUAGUGACGAGUGUGACGCGUAUUUGUUCCUACACUGCGAAGUUCGCGUGCGCCGCGCUCCGCACCGCACCGCGCACUGAACAUAGCUGCGGACUACAAACGUUAAUAUAAAUAUGUACAUUGCCACUAGAAUGUAAUGAAGGCGCAGGGCGUCAAUACGACUCACAAAAUCAUAACACUAUGACUUAAACGUAUUAGGUUCUUUCAUACGUUUUACUCACACUAAUUCCAAGAUCUGAUAUAUUCAUAGAUGCAACAACAAUCAGUUUCAUUUGAACAGCACAAACGGUACAAAAUUGGUUUACAAUCUAUAUUUAUCCCAAAUGAAAUUUAUUUUUGUUGCAUUUCUUACAAAAUUCCUUUAAUUCUGUGAUAGCAAAAUCUCAAUUGAUAAAAAAUAGAAAGACGUGCCUUCACAAACUACAAUAAUUUAUCUAGAUAAUUAUUUAUUUACUAAAACAAGAACCGUGAUCGCCCGGAUUCUAGAUACGUUUAAAUCACAAAUUAUAAUGACUGCAUCACUUACCUAGCGGCUGCCAUUUUAACUAUGUUUGUUAAAUAAUUUAUUAUAACAAAAUUAAUUUUAAAAUUUACAAUUCGAUUAUAGUUUUAUGCAUGGUUUAUUUAUAAGAAUAGAUUAAUACUUGUAAAGCUGAUAUGAUUACAAACUACUAAAUGUGCUGGUGAAUUCAAAUACUUUUAAUUAAAAAUAAUAUUAAAAAUAAAUAUCAAUUUUAUGUUAAUUCAUAAAUAUAAAUUUUUCCGUUCGUAAUCUCUACGGACGAUAGUUUUGUGUGACGUCACAACACGCUCAGGCAUCGUGCCUCUCUGUCGCUUGUCGACGCUCUCGCUCGCACUGCGCAGGAACAAGACGAGACACUUUCGUGCAGUCGAAGUUCAUUUUAUAAGACGUUCCCAUUAAAAAAAGUCUCGUUACGAGAUAUCUGGUCCAAUAUCACGUGUGUUUUGUGUUUACAUUGUCUUAGUAACGCGGUGCUAAACUUUUUGCGUACUUAAUGUUAAGAGGUAUGCAAGUGUAUGUAAUUUUCAGUAAUUUUAGAAAAUUAUAGAAACCAAUGAUUUUACUUAUACAAAAUUACUUAUUUUAACGUAUGUACUUAUUUCGAAUGUGUUAACAAAGAUUUAAUGUAAAAUUAAUUAUUUAAUUAUGUACUUAGCGAUAUAUCGAAUAUUGAAAUUUAUCGAAUCUUAAUUUUUUUUUCUCAAUAAUGUGUAUAAUUUUGUGUGAUGUGAAUUUAGUGAGACGUUUGUAUUAUUGAAUAUUGUGGAAACUAAGAAUCUGUUAUUUGUUGAUUAUUGCAACAUAAAUACAUUUUUAUAUUUAC